UAAUUUGUAUCAGAGCGUCUUUAGGCCUAUAUAGCACAAUUCAACAGUGCAUAGUACGUCCGUUACUCUAGAAGUUUCAUCAAUUCCGUAUCAUUAUCACUAUGAUCACUUCCAAGGACGUAUAUUACAAGUAUGUACGUCCCUGCUUCCAGGCUAUUCUGGAAGAUUCACCCCCGCCGCGAAACAGAUGCAAGACCUAGGAUUUCAUGACCAAAUACGGAAAUGCCAGAUGUUUGCUCCAGUCAACUCCCUUUGUUCUAUUCCUCUUAUCCCCACGGCACGGACUGUCUCGUGUUGUCAGAACUAAAGCUGUAAAGAGGAAAGUGCUCCUGCUAAUAAUGUCAAGUACAGAAAAGAGAAUGCAAGAAACUUGUUGAUUGUUCAUUCUUUAUAUCCAAGAACUCUUCAAUUGCGGAGUUAAUAAAAGUAUCGACUUCCCCAUUCAAGAAAACAUGCCGACUAUAACAGAGGUGCCGGAUUUUAAUUCCCUGAAAGAGGAAGGCAACACACUUUUUAAGGAGGGAAAGAUAGCUGAGGCCCUAGAUGUUUACACAAAGGCCCUAGGCAUUGUGGAUAUUAAGAAUGGGGACAAGGCAGUAAUUCUUAAGAACAGGGCAGCUUGUCACCUGAAGGAAGAAGAUUAUCAGGCUGUCAUUGAUGACUGUUCAGCAGCAUUAGAAAUAACACCAAAUGACCCCAAAGCCUUGUACCGGAGAUGCCAGGCUUAUGAACAUCUGGGUAAAGUGGAAGAUGCAUAUAAAGAUGCUGCUGCAAUCAUCAAAGUGGAUCCCAAAAACACAGCUGUUCAGCCCAUUCUCCAGAGGCUGAAUCCUAUCAUACAAGAGAAGGUCAAACAACAGAACAGCACAUCAGCUAAGGUUGCACAGAUGUUUGAUUUGGUUUUUGAUCCUAAAACAGACAAAGAACAAAGACUGCAGGCCUGUAACAACCUGAUUGUGUUGGCUCGAGAGGAGGCGGGAGCUAAGAGUAUCUGUGAGGGGUCACCGUCAGGCCUGGACAAGCUCCUUCAGCUUCUACAGGAAAAAGAUGUGGACAUUAAUCAGGCAGCCAUUAGAACUCUGUCAUGUCUGACAGCGGACAGCCAAGAGAGGAGUUAUCUGGUGCUGGACAAGAUGGGCCUCCAGAAGAUGGUGACAUUCAUGUCGGUGAAGCAUGAUGGCCUGUGUACCUCUACUGCCCUCCUCAUCCAGAACCUGAUCACCGCAAUCUCUGCGGUGCCGGAGUACCGCAAAAAAGUCCAACACUACCAGGACGAGCGCAAGAAGGGCAACCCCUGCAGAUACCCGCAGUUUGAACUGAGUGAAAAACAGACAGAGUUUAUUGACAACGUAUUCAAGAGUCUUGUGAAGAUGCUGCAGAGUAGCAAAGUGUCUGGCAAUGGGAGAGACUCUGCUAUGGAGCUCAUCAUCAAAAACAUGUUACGCAGCGAUGGUGUUCAGUGGACCAAAAAGUUUCUAGAUACUGAUGGUAUUGAAGGACUCUUGACCAUAGCCUCCGCCAUUCCUCAACAUGAGACAUGCAACAUCGAAAUCACAGAAAACUCUAAAUACCAUGCCUCAGUAGCCCUCGCUAAGAUAUACGACGAUCUAGCCAGCGACAAAGAGAGGGACAUAUUCAGGGAGCAGUGUAGUGCCUUCUUUAAGGAACUUUUCGGGGAUUCAUUGUUUGAGUCUAAAGUAGAGGCCAUCAAGUGCAUUUCUUCUCUGCUGCAGGGUCCUUACGAGGUGGGCAACAUCAUCUUGGGCUUUGAUGGAGUCACACAGAUCAUGCUGGCUUUAGCAAACAGUGACAACCCACUGCAUCAGCAACUAGCAGUGGAGGCCAUUGUUCACUCUGCCUCCAAGAAGGACAAAUGUGCUGGGCUGUUGAAUGAUGCUGUACCUGUAUUGAAGAAACUGUACCAGGAGUCAAUAGACACAGUCAAAGUCCGUGCACUAGUGGGGUUGUGUAAGCUUGGUUCUUUUGGAGGAUCUGAUGCUAGUCACAGGCCGAUGCAGGAUGGGUCCACGCUAGCCUUGGCCAAGGCCUGUAGAAAAUUUUUAAAUGACCCUAACAAAAGUGUUGACCUCCGGCGCUGGGGUACAGAGGGCCUGGCGUAUUUGACCUUGGAUGCAGAGGUCAAGGAGGAACUCAUCAAUGACACUAGUGCUCUAAGGUCACUGAUUGAUGUGGUGGCAAAAGCAGACAAGAACAUCCUAUAUCCAGCAGCUUCUGUGUUUGUGAAUCUCACCAACAGUUACGAAAAACCAGACAUCAUGCCGGAGAUGAUCGAGCUUGCCAAAUAUUCCAAGCAACAUGUACCAGAGGAACACGAAAAGGACAAACCUGAGCCUGUGAAACAGAGGGUUCAUAAGUUGGCCAAAGCUGGCGUUGUAACAGCCCUGGUGGCCAUAGCAACCACAGACAGCCCCAAUACAAGGGAACAAGUAUCCAGGAUUUUUAGUGCUAUCACAGCUGAAGAAGAUCUGAGAGGCAUUGUGGUGCAACAGGGUGGAGCCAAGACCUUGGUUGAUUUGUCUACCAAAAACAACACAGAUGCCGGCAAGAUCCUUGCCUCAUGGUCCCUGGCUAGAAUAACCAUCACUGCUAAUCCGGAAACCACAUUCCCUGGUCAAAGGAUUUACGAGGUGGUGCGGCCAUUAAUAAGUCUCCUCCAUGUUGACCGGACAGCCUUGCAGAAUUUUGAAGCCCUGCUUGCCCUCACUAACCUAGCAUCUCUGAAUGACUCUCUCAGGAAGAAGAUUGUGGCAGAGAAAGGCCUGGCAUCUAUAGAGCACUACAUGACUGAGGAUCACGAGAUGUUAAGGAGGGCCGGCACAGAGUGUAUGUGUAACAUGGUGAUGAACGAACAGGUAGCAAAAACAUUUGAGGCUGAGAAUGAUCGUCUAAAGCUGAUAGUUUUGUACUGUGGAGAUGAGGAUGAAUUGGUUGUGAGGGCCGCAACAGGUGCCCUGGCCAUGUUGACACACAGUGAGAAGAUAUGCAGGAAAGUCUUAGAGGUAAAACCUUGGCAAGAGAUUUUACUGAGCACAGUAGUUAGCGAAAAUGUAGAAAUCCAGCACAGGGGCUGCUAUGUGCUGAGGAACAUGUUGUCCGUGGACAAGGAAAUGGCGGAGAAAGUGAUCGAGGGACAAAUGCUGGAAGUCUUAAUGGCCCUGUCAAUCCUAGAGGACCCCCAAAAGGAAGUGGUCAAAAAGUGUGCCGCUUCCUGUCUUGAGAUCUGUGUCAAAUACGAGCUCAUCAAACCCAAGGAAUGAGCCCCAAGAUCUAGCAUCAAUUUUUUAAAAAUACAUUGCAGUGCCAAAAUCUUAAAACACCAGUCAGUGUGCAAUAGAAAGUGAAGGAAUAAAGUCCCUUGUCAGCAAAACCACUGUGACUGUACUGUUGAUUGGAUGAUCCCUGCUUUACUACAAGUACAUGUACUACUUAUCGAAUGAGACGACUUAAGAUCGACUAGUUUUCAUUUCUUAUGAGACAAGGUUGACUGUCAUUAUCUUAGUUAACAUGUACCAAUGAUAUGGCUCUCUGUCGACAGGAACAAAUGUCAUUAAAGGUCCCAAACAGUUGUAGGUUCAGUUAAAUAGAAAAUGUGUUGUUGGCAAUGCCACUCUGACAUAAUCAAUACAUGUAUUAGUAAUACUGCUUCAUUUCAUGAUAUAUUUGUAUAUGCAAAGCAUUCAUACAUCAUUUCAUGUGUAUGCAAUCUAGCCCAUUUUACUACAUAUGCAUAUAUUGGAUUAAUGUUUCGUUUUCCAUUAUUUAUUUAUGUGUGAUUGUUAUUUUCUGUUUGGAGAUAGAAUUUUAGGAUUCACAACUUUUCUUUAUAAUUUAUUAUUGGUAUAGCAUGUACUUUACAGUUUUACAAAAUAAAGUGUGAUUAAACACGUG